AUGAGAUUAAGACAAUGCAUACAUCAUUUCCGAGCGAUACACACUUCGACGCCAUUGCGGAGGUCCUCUGUCGUCCCAUUGGCUCAUGAGAUACAUCACGGUGUAAACUCCCUCAACAGUCCUUCACGUGCCAGUCAUGAUAACAACCCGAUAAUAUUUCUCCAUGGAUUCCUGGGCUCGAAACGAGAGAAUAAAGCAGUUAGCCGGUUGUUGGCCCGUGAUCUGUCGCGACAGGUCUUUGCAUUGGAUCUCCGAAAUCAUGGCGACUCAGCUCACCAUCCUGUACACAAUUAUAUGGACAUGGCCCUCGACGUCGAGGCUUUUAUCAAGACACACGGAUUCAGGAGCGUGUCGCUGAUAGGUCACUCUAUGGGAGCAAAAACUGCAUUAGCACUAUCCCUCCACGCCCCAGACCUAAUCUCAACCGUUGUCGCAAUCGACAACUGUCCCAUAACCCUGCCCAUACCAGCUGACUUUCAGAAAUGCAUCGAUGCGCUUGCAGAGGUAAACAAUGUAAGAAUCAAAACCCAUUCGGAAGGCGAGCGGAUACUUGCUCGAUACGAAGAGUCCGCGGCUGUCCGAUUAUGGCUUUUGAGUAACUUCAUCAAAGAUCCACGGCACGCGCCGUAUCUGAAGCUGCGUCUGCCAUUGGACAUUCUGGGAAACGCGCUCGAUGCUCUGGGAGAUUUUCCUUAUAGAUUGACAGAAUCAAAAGCCGUGAGAUUUUCUAAACCGACGUUAUUCCUUCGCGCGCACCAGAGCCAUUACAUCCCGGAUGAUGCUUUGCCGCUUACGCGAUCUUUCUUUCCUAAUUCGCGAGUUGUGGAUAUGGAUUGCGGGCAUUGGAUUGUUCAGGAUCGGCCUGAGGAGUUUAGACUAGUUGUGGUGGAUUUUCUGCGUGGUCGGGGUUAUAGGUGA